AUGGCAGAAAAUAAUAAAAACAAAGGAAAGAUAGUGUGUGUAACAGGAGCAGGUGGUUUUGUAGGAUCUUGGCUGGUCAAGAUAUUGUUAUCUUAUAACUAUACUGUUCAUGGCACUGUUAGAGACCCAUUGGAUGAGAAAAACGCACAUUUGAAAAGCCUAGAGAAAGAAUAUAAGAAUUUGAAGCUUUUCAAAGCAGACCUUCUGGACUACGAGUCUCUUUGUGCAGCUAUUACGGGAUGUGAUGGUGUGUUCCAUAAUGCGAGUCCAGUUCCAUCUAGUUCUGUUCCAAACCCAGAGGUAGAAGUGAUUGAGCCAGCAGUUAAUGGUACACUAAAUGUACUCAAGGCAUGUUGUGAAGUAAAUGUCAAGAAAGUUGUGUAUGUGUCCUCUAUAGCUGCUAUUAUGGUCUUACCUAAUAGACCCACAGAUCGACCAUUGGAUGAGACUUUUUGGUCUGACCAAGAAUUCUGCAAGUCAAAUAAUGAAUGGUAUUGUCUUUCUAAGACGCAAGCAGAAAGCCAGGCUUGGGAAUUCUCAAAAAGAAAUGAUAUUGAUUUUGUGUCGGUAUGCCCAAGUCUUGUAAUUGGACCCAUGUUACAGAACACAAUCAAUACUAGUAGCAUGAUUCUUAUGAAGCUUCUUAAAGAAGGAAAUGAAGUUGAAAACAGGCCGAAGCUGGUUGUAGAUGUACGUGAUCUAGCAGAAGCACUGAUUUUAGUGUAUGAAAAACCGGAGGCCAAUGGAAGAUACAUAUGCUCAUCACACGAGGACAGAACAAAAGAAUUUGUAGAAAUACUGAAGAAACACUAUCCUGACUACAAGUAUCCUACUAAAUUUAUCGAGCCAAAAGGGAUAUUUACAGUUACAUCUGCGAAACUACAGAAGUUGGGUUGGAGUUAUAGACCACUUGAAGAAACACUGGUUGACUCAGUCAAUAACUAUGCUCAAAAUGGUCUUUUGGGUUAA